ACAGUGAAACACUUUAACUUAAGAGCAACUGCAAACACGUGAGAAGUGCAUUAAAUUAAUUCACUAGUUACACAUCUCCUAUGAUAAUUACCUCAAAAAGAAAUAUUCAAAGAAUUAUAUAUCCGAAUUUUAAUUGAUCAAUUAAAAAAAGAAGAAAAAGAGCUUUGGAAAUUUUAAUUGCAAGAAAAGAAAAAAAAAAAAGAAAGAUAAAAAAAUGCCUGUCGUUGGUAAGCAAUUGCUGGUGAUUGGUAAUGGUGGUCGAGAACAUGCGAUUUGUUGGAAAUUAGCGCAAAGUGCACAAGUUACAAAAAUUUAUGCUUUGCCCGGCAAUCCUGGCAUUGCUCUAGAAAAAAAAUGCGAAAACGUGCUUGGAGUCAAUGCUAAGGAUUUUAAUGCCAUUUCGAAAUGGUGCCUGGAUAAGAAGAUUGAUAUGGUUAUAGUGGGACCUGAAGAUCCCUUAGCAGAAGGACUCGCUGACGUUUUACAAAGAGCGGGAAUGCGAUGUUUCGGUCCAGGUCAAAAUGGAGCACAAAUUGAAGCCGACAAAAAAUGGGCAAAGGAUUUUAUGUUGAGACAUAAAAUACCUACAGCACGGUAUGAGAGCUUUACUAGCACUCAAAAAGCUAAAGAGUUCAUAAAAAGCGCUCCGUACAAAGCACUAGUAGUUAAAGCAUCAGGUUUGGCGGCUGGUAAAGGUGUAGUGGUGGCUGCAAAUACUAAUGAAGCUUGUCAAGCAGUCGAGCAGAUAUUGGGUGAUAAGAAAUUCGGGAGUGCUGGCGAAACUGUUGUUGUAGAAGAAUUGCUCACGGGCGAAGAAGUAUCUAUUUUGGCCUUCGUUGACAGAAAUACUGUACGCAUUAUGCUGCCAGCUCAGGAUCACAAACGCUUGAAAGACAAUGAUUUAGGACCUAAUACUGGUGGUAUGGGCGCAUAUUGUCCUUGCCCUUUAAUUUCAGCUGAAGCUUUAGAAUUGGUUCGGACUCAAGUCUUGGAAAAGGCUUUAAUUGGGUUACGCUCAGAAGGCAUAAGUUAUUGCGGCGUCUUAUAUGCCGGCAUGAUGUUAACUCCUGAUGGACCCAAGACGUUAGAAUUUAACUGCCGUUUCGGUGAUCCAGAGACCCAGGUCAUCUUGCCUUUGCUGGAAACUGAUCUGUUUGAUGUGAUGUUUGCCUGCUGCAAUAAUCAAUUAAAGGAAAUUGACUUGAAAUGGCGUAACGGAGUCAGCGCCGUUGGGGUAGUCAUGGCAAGCGCCGGUUAUCCCGAAACUUCAACCAAAGGUUGCGUCAUUGAGGGGAUACCGUCAAAUACUGCAGAUGAGGUUGUGUUCCACAGUGGCGUGGCCAAAAAUUCGGACGGUAAAUUUGUCACCAAUGGCGGCCGAGUUCUAAUAGCCGUGAGCUUGCGUUCAGACUUGAGACAAGCUGCUCUGGAUUCUACGAGAAUGUGUCAAAAUAUUCGAUUUUCAGGAGGAGGAGCCCAGUUUCGUUCGGAUAUAGCUCAAAAAGCCUUCAAAUGUCAAACAGCUUCCUUGUCGUACAAAGAUAGCGGUGUUGAUAUAGACGCUGGCGAUGCUCUUGUGCAGCGAAUUAAAGUUUUAUCUGCUGGUACAACCAAACGCCCAGGUGUUUUAGGAGGUCUAGGAGGCUUUGGCGGCUUAUUCCGUUUAAAAGAACUGAAAUAUAAAAAUCCCGUUAUCUGCGAGGCCGUCAAUGGUGUAGGCUCUAAAAUUCAAUUAUCUUUAGCCCACGAUAUGUACGAAGCCUUAGGCUACGAUUUAUUCGCUAUGUGUGCUAAUGAAGUACUAGAAUCGGGAGCGGAACCAGUGGCAUUCUUGGACUACAUAGCGUGCGGUAAGUUAGAGGUCCCUGUAGCUGCUCAGAUAGUUAAGGGCAUUUCAGAUGGAUGUCGUGCAGCCAAUUGUGCUUUAGUAGGUGGCGAAACGGCCGAAAUGCCUUCGGUGUAUGAGAUCGGUAAAUACGACAUAGCCGGCUAUUGUGUGGGUAUUAUUGAGAAAGGUAAUGAAUUGCCUAAAUUUGAUUUGUAUGAAGAAGGAGAUUUGUUGGUGGCAUUACCCUCUAGUGGUCUGCAUUGCGCUGGAUUUAACGCCAUUCUCAAUUAUAUAAAAAAGUUUGAUAUUGAUCUUAACAAAAAAUCAGAGUUCGGUGAUCGUAAUAAAACUUUAGCCCAGCAAUUAGCCGAAACCUCCUACAUUUACGUUAGCAAUGUUUUACAAUUGAUACAUUCGAAAGCAAUAAAAGCCGUAGCUCAUAUCACAUCGGGCCUGCUGACAGACGUGUCACGAAUCAUACCAACUAACCUGAACUUUGAAGUUUGUUUAGAUUUCAACAGCUUAAAAAUUCCUGAAGUUUUUCCUUGGCUGGCUGCGAAGCUUAAACUUAAACCAGAGACAUUAUUGGAAAAUCUUAACUGUGGUGUGGGUAUGGUGAUGGUGGUAUCCAAAACGAACACCAAUUGGAGGCAACUGUUAAGAGAUGCCGUAUGUUUGGGAACUUUGAAAAGUACCAAGUCAUCACCCCAAGUUAGGGUUAGGAACUUUGCUGAAACAUUGGAAAAACUAACCGCAAAAUAUGGCGCGACCGGUUCUAAUGAACUAAAGGAGACACACUAUCGCGCGUUACAGGCAACUCUGACGCAAAAAUCCGAAGCGCGGUCGGAGACGUAUAAAACACAAAGCGGCAAACGUUUGACUGAAGUUCCGAAAACAAUUACGGAUCCUAUUAUGAUUAUGGGCACUGAUGGCGUGGGCACAAAGAUAAAAAUUGCCCAACAAACCAAACGCAAUGGCAGUGUUGGUAUAGAUUUGGUGGCUAUGUGUGUUAACGACAUUCUCUGCAAUGGAGCUGAGCCAUACACCUUCUCUAGUUAUUACGCCUGUGGAGAAGUGGAGGAGCACAUAUCUUCUAAGAUUAUGGACGGAGUGGUGGAGGGCUCCCGGCAAGCAGGCAGCAGUUUGAUAGGAACUCAUAUCUCAGAAGUUCCCUUACUUUACAAACAUGAUGUGUACGAUUUGGCAGGUUUCUCUUUAGGUAUUGCAGAAAAUUCACGUACUCUACCAAAAACUGGCGAUAUACAACCGGGAGACGUUCUGAUAGGAUUACCUUCUUCCGGUGUACAUAGUAAUGGUUUUAGUCUAGUGCAUGCAGUCAUGAAAGUUGCCGGAGUUGGGUUUAAUGAUAAAGCACCCUUUAGUAAUGCAACAUUUGGAGAAGAAUUCCUGAAACCUACCAAGAUAUAUGUGAAGGCUUUGGCUCCUAUUUUAUGCCAGGGUCUUGUAAAAGCAAUGGCUCAUAUAACUGGAGGUGGUCUUACAGAAAAUAUUCCUCGAGUGUUGCGAAACGAUUUAGCUGUUCAUUUGAACGCUGAUAACUUUACUAUACCUCCAGUGUUUGCUUGGUUAGGUCUAAAGGGUAACAUUACAUCAGCAGAAAUGCAGCGAACUUAUAACUGUGGCUUGGGUAUGGUUCUGGUAGUGGAUCCGAAGUAUGAAUGCCAAGUAAUGGAACAGUUGCAAUAUUCAGAACGUGCCAGUAAGAUAGGUUAUGUCACACGUAGAGAGACUGCCAAUUCGGUUCAAGUAGUCGUGGAAAAUUUUACGCAAAACUUGACAAGAAUACAAAAAGUAAUCAAUACUCCUCGUAAACGUCUAGCAGUAUUGAUAUCUGGAUCUGGAACUAAUUUGCAAGCUUUGAUCAAUGCCUCGCGUGACACUUCUCAAUGUUUACACUCUGACAUAGUGUUAGUUAUAUCGAAUAAGGCCGACGUUAUGGGGCUAGAACGAGCUAAAAUGGCAGGUAUUCCUACUGUUGUUAUAUCACAUAAAGAUUUCACAUCGAGGGAUGAAUUCGACGCCGAAAUGACUAAGCAUUUGCAAAAGGCUAAGGCAGACUUUGUAUGUUUAGCUGGUUUUAUGCGAGUACUUAGCGAACCAUUUGUUAAGCAAUGGAGAGGAAAACUGUUAAAUAUUCAUCCUUCACUGCUGCCCAAGCAUCCGGGACUGCAUGUUCAAAAGAAGGCCAUAGAUGCAGGUGACAAGGAAUCAGGAUGUACGGUGCAUUUUGUUGAUGAGGGUGUAGAUACCGGAGCUAUCGUAGUUCAAUCUUCAGUCCCUAUAUUGCCGGGAGAUACGGAAGAGUUUCUUACUCAACGCAUACAUAAAGCCGAAUACUAUUCAUAUCCCCGCGCCCUGCAUUUAGUGGUAACUGGCAGAGUCAGCCUGGGAAAAGACGGUAACAUUUUGAGAGUUUGAGGAAAAAAG